CAUUCAUUCAUUCACCGGCCAUUUUGAUCUUCUUUUUCUUGAAUUCUUGAGCGUGCAGCUAAAAUAGGCGUCGCGUCAGCGUCACGGAGAUAUAUAACUUAAUAAUUCACCUGAAGGAAAUAAUCAAAUAUUUUCUUGUUCACAUUGCGACUGUUGAUUGUGAGUUCAAAUGCAAGCUAUGAAUCACUACAACAGAGGGUUCGGCGGACCACCACAACCGCAAAGACAAAAUCGGCGUGGCAAUAAUCGUGGCGGGUUCCGUGGCCAUUCUAGAUUUGAUAACAGUCCACACCAGAGAAAUCAAAAUCAGGGCCAAGGAGUACAACGUCCUAAUAAUGAGAAUCAACAAAACCAACCUGCUGCAAAACCGCAGCAACAAGUUCAGCAGCAACAAAACCAACAACAGCAGAAACAACAGCCCCAACAACAGCAGCCGAAGCCACAACAACAGCAGCAGCCAAAGCCACAACAGCCAAUUCAACAGCAACAGCAGAAGCCAGAGACUCCUGUGCAGAAACCACCUCAGCAACAACAAAAAACAACUCCCCAACAACAACCAGCUAAAUCAGCUCCAAGUGCACCUGCAAACAGUGAAUCUCAAGACAAAGUGGACAAGGCAAUCCCUGAACAAAAACUCCAGAAUCAGAAUCAAAAUCAAGGCAAUCAGAAUCAGCAGCAACAGAGGAAUAUGAAUGGGAACUUCGGGGGACCCAAUAAACAAGGUGGUUGGAGUCAAGGUGCAGGUGGCCCAGGAAAUAAACCUAGUGGAAACUUCAACCAAGGUGGACCUGGUAACAAACCGCCUGGUGGGAAUAACUUCAACCAAGGUGGACCUGGUAACAAAGCUGGUGGAAAUAACUUCAACCAAGGUGGGCCUGGUAACAAGCCAGGUGGAAAUAACUUUAACCAGGGCAACAGGCCAUUUGGUCAGAAGCAAGGGGGCGGGCCUGGAGGGCCAGGGGGACCACCACGCAAUCAACCACAGCAGCGUAACAACCGAGGGCCCCAUGGCAACAUGGAUGGUCUCAAACCUGCCCAGAGAGAAGAGCAUAUGCUGUCAAAUAAACUGAAGGAUUUGAUGGGACCCUUACUGGACCUACCUCCAAUUGAUCAGUCCGAAGUAAAGUUCAAUGGUAGAAGCCGUCUUUACAUUGGCAAUUUAACAAAUGAUGUGACUGAAGAAGAAAUCCUGGCCUUGUUUGCGCCGUUUGGUGAGACUGCCGAGUUGUUCCUCAACAAAGAGAAGAAUUUCGGAUUUAUUAAAAUGGACUUUAGAGUGAGUGCAGAGAAAGCUAAGCGUGAACUUGAUGGCAAAAUGAGAAAUGGCAGAACACUGAGAGUGAGAUUUGCUCCACAUAACAGUGCAAUCAGAGUUAAAAAUUUACCUCCUUUUGUAUCUAAUGAGCUUUUGUAUCGUGCCUUUGAGAUAUUUGGUAAAAUAGAGAGGGCCUAUGUAAAAGUGGACGAGAGAGGAAAAACUCUUGGAGAGGGUGUGGUUGAAUAUGCACGUAAACCAAGUGCCCUUGCUGCCAUCCGGAAUUGUACGGACAAGUGUUUCUUCUUAACUUCGUCUCUUCGCCCAGUGAUUGUAGAGAACUUUGAGGAGCCUGAUGAAUUUGAUGGCUAUCCAGAGAAGAAUUUGCCCAAAAAGCAUCCUGAAUUCCUCAAGGCCCGCGAGAUUGGUCCACGAUUCUCGGAAUUAAACAGCUUUGAGCAUGAAUACGGCACACGAUGGAAGCAGUUGCAUGAACUCCAUCGUCAGAAGGAGGAGGCACUCAAAAAAGAGCUUUCUGCUGAGGAGGAGAAACUGGAAGCACAAAUGGAAUAUGCCAAAUACGAGCACGAGACGGAGCUGCUGCGCGAGCAGCUGCGGCAGCGCGAGCAGGACCGCGAGCGACAGAAGCGCAGCUGGGAGAUGGCCGAGCGCGCCGCCGACGAGCGCCGCGAGACCGAGCGCGCGCAGCUGCUGCGACAGGAGGAGCAGCUGUCGCAGCGCAUGCGCCAGCAGGACGACGAGCUGCGGCGCCGGCAGCAGGAGAACACGCUCUUUGUGCAGGCCCAAAGACUGAAUUCCAUGUUGGACCGUCAAGAACAGGGCAUGUUCGAUCAACAGAAGCCAAUGGAUGGAGGCUUCAGAGACCAGUACGACAUGCCACGAGGAGGUUAUGACGACAUGCCGCAGGGGCGCGGUUGGGAUGGCCCGCGCCAAAUGGAUGAUUUUCCUAAUAAACGUCGUCGGUUUUAAACCGUAGUGGAGAAGAAAAUUCGGGAAUCGUGUCACUUUUGUGACCCAUGCUCCUGAGCGACGAAUGCAGUCGUUAGUUAGGGCUAAAUAUGAUAGGGAUGCCAGAUAUUUUUCAUUGUCUCUCAACACGCUCCUAAUUGGCUUUGCUACAGUACAAUUUUUAUCCCAAUAUUUAUCCUAACUAAAGACAUCAUUCUGGCGAAUAAUCAGUAUAAACACUUAAAUUUUUUUAGCAAUAUAUAGGUGACAAAUUGAUAGGAUAUAUCUUAAGAACAUUUGUUUUACCAGUCGACAUUUUAAUAUAACACACAUAACCUUGUUAUGAAUUUAAACCUGUAUUAUCUAAAAUGAACUUAGCGACGCUAAUAUAGUAUUUACGUGCAACAACUGAACAAUUAACUUAAUAUAUCAAAUUGAAAGCUCGUUUGGUUUAUGAAUAACAUCUCUGAUAACUUCAAAAAGAGGGAGUGGGCUUGGGUUUUUUUAUGAGAAAUGAAUACCUUGAAUAAAUGUUGAUUUUUGGUGAAAAAAGAAAUUAUAAUAUUGUAAAUUUUAAAUAUUUUUCAGUAAACUAUUUGCAACGCGAUUAGCGCUUGUUGGUCGUAAUAGUUUUGUAUCCACCUUUGAUGAACAAUGCACAGAAACAUCAUUGAUAGGUAUAGUUUGUUAGGAUAUAGUUGUCUCUCGUAGAUCAUUAUUUUGUGCAAUGAUACCACGUGAUUUAGAUUCGCACAGAUAAUGACACAUUCUUUGAAUCUAAUAUUAAAAAAUGAUAUGUGUUUCUACGUGAAUGUGAACAUUACUUAUUUAAUAUUUUUAAAUUAAGUCUCUUAAUAUUUUUUAAAUUAAGUGUCUACAAUUAGAAAUUAAAUAGACUUUAUUAUAUGAACACAAUGUUUUUAAAUUGACCAACCUUAAACUUUUGAAAAAUUAUAUUAUUCCCCUAUUUCUCCUAUUUAAAUAUAUAAUAUAAGAAGAAAUUGACUGAUGACUGAUUUAACAACGUACAGACAAAAUUACUAGGCUUUAGAUUCAUAAACUUUGCAUAAAGGUGUGACGUAUAAAUCAGCACCACCAAAGCAUUUUGGGAAUUCCAUACUUGAGGGUGUAAAAAAGGGAUUGAAAGUUAAUAUGAAAAAUAUUUUGUUUUACGCUUUUGGUUAUUAAGAAAUAAUAAUACUAAUAUAGGUCUUAAAAGUACUACCUAGUAGGUCGCAAAACAGGUGGUGGAAGUUUGCAUGAAAAAUAAUUUUUAAAGAUAGUUACUUUCAUUUGGAACGAAAAUCUACAUUCUUAGUCAAAAUAAAUAAAUAAUUUAAUUUUGAAAAUUGCACCCCUAAGAGUAAAUAAUCGGGUGUUGGUAAACCUGUAUUAUCUGUCAUUACAGUAUUGUCAAAGUAAAUGAUUGUAUAUAUAAAAAUACCAAGGGCCUCAAGACUUUUAAUCUCAGUUAUGGUAAUAACUGUGACUCCAAAGUUAUAUUGAUAAAUGUAACAUGAAGGAGCGACCACAGAGAAAUAGUUAAAAACAUCACAAACAUCACAACAUUUUUAUUUUAUUUUACUUGCCCUUAAUUUUCUACAGAAGGUCAAUCACAUUCCGGUCUAGACUAUUCCAAAUUGAAAUUAGUAAAAUACGUGACUCUGAAUUAUUUCUUGGUGUGGUAAGUAUCGUGUGUUAUUUAUAAAGGAUCUGGAUGAUCAGAUUUAAAAUUCUAAACGUUUAGGGUCAUUUAUCUUGACCCCUAUAUGCAGCUCACUAUAAAAUCAAGCUUUUCCAGAGAACAACAAAAAUUGAUAAUUCGGUUUUUCCUAUAAUUCAAUUUUGAUUAGUUUUAAAAAGUUUGUAGCCAAAGUUCAAUCACAAUUGUUAAGUUUGUAAAAUCAGUCUCAAUCUUCAAAUCCUCUAUUAUUUGUAUUGCAUAGCAAUUUUUAUCUUUAGUUUAGUAAAGUUAGUAUAAAAUCCAGUAAAAAACAAAAAAAAGUCAGUCAAAACAACAUAUUAUGAACGAUCUUUUGUAAAUUGGUAAAAAAAAUUAAACAAGAUUGAAAAAAUGAAAUAAGUAUAAUAAAGCCUCAGCCAGUUAAAUAAGGAGCUUGUAUUCACCCUCUACAUCUAUCUAGGCCCAAUGUAUUUUAUAUUCUAUGCAGUGAUAAAUAGCGCGUCGAAUUUGCAGUCAUUUUGUUUACUUGACGCGUUGUUGGAGCGUUUUAUUACAGUAAAAUAUCCCUCAGUCAUCAUAUUUAACAUAUUAUAGUAUCAUUAUAACAUGAGUUGCUAUAGCUUUUUAUUGCUUUCAUCCUUUUAAUUCAUUUUGCAUGCUUGUAUAUUUCCAAUUUGUCAUUCCUUCUACUACUCUGUUAACUUGCAAUAGUUGCCACCAAAUAAUUGUAAUUAAAAUAAAUAGACGGCGUACUCGUAAAUAUUGCUUAUGCAUUUUUAUUAAUUUAUUUUGUUGUAUUUAGUUACUUCUCUUGGCUUUAUAUGUAUGUAAUCCAUGCAUCAAUUCACAAAUUUUACAACGCGUUCGUCCUUAGUUUUGCGUUUAAAAUAAACUUAUUAAUAUUUGUCAGUCAAUAAAUAUUUAAAUUGUAAUUAGCUUCUUUAACUUAAUUGGGAAUAAGUGAACUAAGGGCGACCGCGUUAUACUCUACAUAUUACAUGUAUCAUGUGUACGUAACUUAUACUGUCAUAUUCAUAGAAAAUGAUAAUUGUUAAACUUAUUUUAAUUCUCAUAUGUUUUUGACAUUAAAAUAAAACAACAAAUGUCUACAAAGGUUAGCAAUCGACUUGUGAAGGAAACUGUUGCCAGUUAGUCUAUUUCGACGCCAUUGACGUCAAAUAGUCUGGAUACCGACUCACCAGCUGCCAUGUGAUUUAUUUCUUUUCAAGUGGCCAGUGUGAUUUUCGAGCAAUGUAGGGGAGACAUUCUCUCUCAUCUAAAUACCCUAAACAUUUUUAAAGGCGCUCCUAUGGGAGUAGCCUAAUCAGGGGAGAUAUGAAACAGAAAGAAUUAUUUUUAUUACAUGUUUUUUAUAAGAAUUACUGCUUUUUGUAAAAUUUUCCUUCAAAAUAGCAUGAAGAAUGUUUAUAGCAGUGGGGCAUAAAUGCCGAAAAAAAACUGCAUGACAUAAUGUAAGACAUGGACAGUGUACAUAAUUACUACAUAAUUUACUGUGGAGAAGGUAAUUGUCUAUUACUCAACCAUUUUUGACAUAAACAAUCUUUAUUUUAUUGAUUACGAAUGAUUAUUAAUUAUUAAUGGAAUGACUGUUUAUUUCAUUAAUUUGAUCACAAAAAGUACACUAUAAUUUAAAAAAAAACACCUGGAAUGUGAAAUUGAAAGAGUGAAUAACAUCAUUUUGUUCAUCCAAUACAGGUGAGAACAAUACAAGGAACGAAGUGGAAUAAACCAAUGACUCAAACAAUUCAAACAAUUGGCAUACAAAAGCUGAUGAUGAUGUGUUCAUGCGGUGAAAAUGAGAAUGUUUCGAUGGAUGUAUCGUGUGAUGAGAAUAGACGGUAAUGAUACAUAACAUGAACAUAUUCGUGUUAGAAGAAUUACUUUUAAAAACGCUUCCCGUAAUAAAUAAAGAGAGGGAGAUUUUUCAUGCUUUGGACUCUAUGAGAAAGGAUGACAUGCAAGUGAUGAAAAAUAUGAUGAAUGAUUAUAUUUAAAUUAUUUAAAUGUUGACGGAGAGGAAGGAAGGAGGUAUUUCUAAAAGAAUUGGGAUUAGUAAAAUAAAAAUGAUAUGAAAAUCGUUAGAAUGAAUGAAUGAAAGGUAGACUGUAAAAUAGAGUGUUGUGAAGGGAGAACAAAAAUGCGCCCCGAAACCAUUGAUGGGAAUAGGGGAGAUAAGGUAUUUUGGCAGAGAAUGUGUCAAGUCUACAGUUCUCUAUACUAAUUUAUCUUUAAUUUAUAUUUUACCAACAGUGACAGCGACAUCAGUAUUAUAUUGAUCCAUAACUAAACACAUACGACGUUGUGUCGUGGCACAUUGUAAUGAUAGCAUUUUUACUAUAACAGGAACGAUGUGAUAUGUUCCACCACAUGAGGAAAGAACUUCCCGCCAGGCCGGCUGUUAUGCCUGGGGUAACCGCGGUGUAUUUGUUGUGUAUUUGGAUAUUAUAUAGGUACCUAUCUAUAUUCUUCUCACUUUCCGAAUAUAAACACUGCGAUCCAGACUUGUAAUUUAGACCGUAUUCGCCAUCUGUCCGUCGGUCUUGCGAACUAUAUUUAUUAAUCGUUACAUUCUGGAAAUCGGAAGAAUCUGUCAUUCACAGAAUUUUAUAUUUUUGUAAAAUUUGCAAAAGAAAUCUUAUAUAAAAUAGUUAUUUUUAUUACUAUGUUUCAUUUUUAAAUAAAGCACGCGGCAAAUGUUUGUAUAUAGAGCUAGGUAUAUAGUCUAUUAAUCGUUGACAUAGAGCUAAAUACUCUUAUAUUUAUAAUAGCAGCGAUCUACUGAAUCGUGUCGUAUUUUUUAAGAUGCGCAUUGCAUCAAUAUGCCAUAAAAUGUGCCACGAUGUACGACGUAUUGUGUUUGUGAAUGGCUCUACUUCAACAAGGAUAAACUGCAACGAAUUAAGUGUGGUAAGAAUCUUCUCGAGCAUCAGACAAUAUUAUUUUUAUAUAGUUUGGAAUUAAUUAUUCGCUAAUUAAUUUCCAUAAUAUGGUUAUCGCUGAUUCCAUCCGGGGCAAUUCAACCUAAGUGGGUUGUUAAAAAUAUAGAUUAUACAUUUUUUUCUUCAUUCAAAAUUUUUAAUAUUGGGGUCAAGUAAUGAGAAAAUAUUUUUCUCGUCUUGUAGAUGCUAUUUGAAACAUUUGGUCACGCAUCCAGAAGUGAUACUCUCGGUCCGCAUACAGAGUUGGUUCAUCUGGUUUAAUGAAAAGUGACUCUUUCGAUAUUUUGAAUUCGGGUAUUUUGCCGAACUUUUUGAUUGCGUUAAACAAUACGCGCUUAAUAUUUUUAAUAAACACUAUUCUUGGUACAUAUAGUGUUAUUAUGUCAUGCGACAAUACAAUGCCAAAAUAGACGACGGAAACCGAUCUUAGAUUCUAAAACUCAACGAAAAUUAAGUCUGUUACACGUGUCAAAACGUAUAAAGCUCCAUCUGGGAAUACAUUUCUAGUCAUAUAUCAAUAUUGUAUAUGGUUUAAUGGAUUUUAGUUUUGGGGUUUGUGGUUUUGGUAUGUGUGUGAACACAAUUUUUUAUUUGGAUUAUUAUUUUCCUGAGUAAUAAUGAAAUACAUGAGUACAUUUAAAAUGUCAACAAUUAGUGAAAGUAGUUAGUGAAAGCCGCCAUUUUUUAUUAAAAUGCGGCUCUGUUUUUUUGACUAAUUAAAAGAUUAUCCAUCCAAGUUGUGCACAAAUUGCAAUCAGUGUAGAACGCAAUUGGAGCCGCAGGCCAAAGCUAGUUUCAUGUUUUUCCUUUCAGUACUAUUAGUUUUCACCAAAGUUUGACUUCGUCAUUCGUACAAGCGAAUUUUUAUCCUGAUUUCAAUACUUUCUUUUGGGAAAGUUUAUAUGUACUGAACAAGCUUAUUACGGUUUAAUAUUAUGUUAUUCAAAAGGUUUUACAACAAACCAUGUAUAUACACCUUUUUUAAAACAAGGGUGGUAAAAAUCAGUUUAGCGGUCACUAGUGUUGAAAUACCCAGCAAACUACAAGAAUUAGGUCUUAAUUCUUUCCCAGGGACUGACCGGAACUAUGAACUCUUCAAGCUUUCAUUGCUCUUUCAAGCUAGAAGCAAUUUUCUUCAAUGGCUUGCCGUCAAAUAUUUUGUUUUAGAAUUAUGGCUAUUUACCAAAUAAAGAUUUGAAAAAAUAACCUAGAAAAACUCAUUUGAGCGUAGGUACUUCCGGAAACCGGGGUGCUCUUUGGAAUGCUGUUGUUGGCUAUGACCGAGGCUUUUAUCUCUUCUUCGCUUCGUACGACAUCCACGAGAGGAUAUGGUUUGGUCCUGCAGCAAUCAAUAAGUUCGACUUCAAAAAAUGUUUUGUCUUCAUGAUUUUUUUAUUGGAGAUACUUGGUAGAUUACUUGGUAUUAUUAUUACCACGUUCCUUUUCCAGGGGAGGUGCCACACUUCGCAAAAAGAUAAAAAAAUAUCGGCUUCUAUUUUACGCAUACAGUUUGUACGAUUGCAUUGUUGAUUGAAUGACAUUUUUAUUGGAUUUUCAGCUUUACAGCUACUUUCUUAUCAUUCGCAUUAUACGUAUUUUAUGAUACAUUUUCGCCUAAUCCCUGUUUAUAACACUCGAAGCUAGUUCUGCCGCCGUGGUGUGGUAUUUUUUUUAUCGGUUGCUUUCGAAUUUUCUUCUGUGAAAGUCAAUUGUAUUGUCUUUUUAUGUUUCGUUUUAUGGUUUAUUUUUACAGCUUUUAAUUACAUAAUUAGGAUCGGAACGUGAUGUAUCAAGACAAACGCCGACGUGAAAUGAUCAACAUGUUACCUUAUUUCCUCCAAGAAGAAUCCAACCUUUAACGUUUUCACGGACACUAAACGAGACACAAAAGAAGUUAAUUGAUACCACGUCUGUAGACGUUAAGUGUCCCGCAAAGGGUCAAAUGAAUUGCUCCGACAUAGAGUGGUAAGUUAUAAUAUAACAAGUCGUCUGAUAUGACAUUUUAUUUUUUUACAUUAUUAUCAUAAGAAAACCAGGUAUAUUCGGAAAUCUUUUGACUUGUUGCGUCUAUGUAACACUUUAAGUGUUAAGGUAUAUUUAAGUAAAUCUUACGCAUUUUUGCUACACUAUGAAUUUCUUUACAUGCAUCUUCCUAAGAAAUAAAAACAAUUUGUUUACUCGUAAGAGUUCUUUACAUGCAUCUUCCUAAGAAAUAAAAACAAUUUGUUUACUCGUAAGAGUUCUUUACAUGCAUCUUCCUAAGAAAUAAAAACCAUUUGUUUACUCGUAAGAGUUCUUUAUAUGCAUCUUCCUAAGAAAUAAAAA